UCUAGUUUGUUGGUUAGAUCUUGACUUUUCUUGACAUCUUGUACUAAGAAAAACAGCAAAUGUUGUAUAGCCUGUGUUAUUCUAGGUUCCUCUGGGGGUGUCUUAUCAAUCCCCAUGGUUCUGUUCUGGGUGGGAUUGUGGUGGAAACAGGGUGUGUAUGUGAAGUGUGGGUCUACCAGUGCUGUCUCAUAGGCUGGCUCCUCAUUGGAGAUAACUUUGUUCUUGGGGCCCUUACAGGCGACAUCAUAACAGAUGAUCACAGAGCAGCAGGAAAUGUUAUCUGUAAUACGUUCAAUAACAAUAACCCCACAACACACUUUUACGUACCCACGUACCCUUUUGCUCCUUCCCAAAAACUGCUUUUUAUCAGCUCUUGUGGUAGAGAAAAUGCACACACGCACAAACAGACCCAGAAACCUGAGGGGUAUAAGUGUAUGUCGUUUUAAAGGACUGUAUGGACAGAGGACUGUGGAUAUUAUAGAAACCCUACAGGACUAUAUUUUGUGAAGGGCAUUUUGGAAUUUUAAAUCUAGAUCAUCGAGUUGAACGCACUCAAGGUAAUUGUAAUUGUAUUCAUAAGAACAUAACAAUUCUUAGCAUAGACUUGACCAGGCAAAUUGUCUUAUUCGUAAUGAAGUGCCACUUGCAUUAUGAUGAGAAGUGAUGUUUGUUUGCCUCCUUAACGUUCACACUGAGCUGUUUACAAUAGGGAGAUGUAUUUUAAAGAUGAAGUGUAUAAUUUCUGUGCCAAUGGUGUCAUUAAUGCUUACCUGAACUCCUCUUAACUUCCUUUGGUAGGAAAAACCUAAAGUUUACACCAUUUGUUAAGGCAAUAUUGCUACAUCAGGGUGGUCUGCUGUGUUAUUUCUGCAUGGUCUGGAGUGCAUUGAUUGGACAAUGUGCAAGGUUCUGAACAUCUUAUUGGCUCUUUUAAGUCGCUUCCUGUUUGCCGUGCAUGGCGUGCUGACAGUGUGGCGAGUGGUAGAGGUGACAGGGGAGUCCUCCUAUUGGCUGCUGCUUAUGGGCGUGGCACUGCUGGGCGUCGAGAUGGCAGUCACAAUAAAAUACACACGCAACGCUGAAUGGAAAUGGUUCUCUCCUAUGGUCUUUCUUUAUCUGAGCACUGUGAUUCCCUCUAUCUGGUUCCUGGAGCUGAACCUCGUGCAGUCAAACCUGCCCAUCAAUUCCAGCAGCUCUGAUCCGCAAUUCUUCUCCCAGAUUCCUAUGACUAUGGGGUUGGAGGAACUUGAUCCUGAGAACUGGGUGGAGGCUUUGGAGCAGACCAUGUUGAUUGUUUUGGUCCUGGGCCGCUGGCUGAUGCCGAAGGGCGACAUGUCACGAGACCAGCUUUCCCAACUCCUCAUGGUUUACGUGGGGCUCGGGGCUGACAUCUUGGACAUCUUUGACACAUUUAAGGAACCGCAAGUGAAAACCAAGCAGACAGUGAUCAUCGUUGGGCUAAGUUUGUUCUCUUGGGCCUUGAUGCAAUUUCCACUCGUUCUAACCCAGACCAGUUGCCCCAGUGUCCAGGGGGAAUCCCAGUCAGAGAUCACCCAGCCUGGGUUAACUGCCUGUAACAACAUCUGCUGCUCCAGUGAAGUCUGGAGCAUCUUGCUAACGGUCGGUCUGCAGGAUGGACCAUUCCUCAUUUACCGCCUGUACCUCAUGAUAUUUGAAAGUGUUCUGAACCAGCUGAUGAUCUUCUUCACGUGCAAGAACAUCAUCAUUGUGCUUUUAGAGGUCUACAGGAUCUGUGUGGUGCACUUUGAGCAGAACAGGCCUGAAGGUGGAAAACAGUCACAUGAACAAUCCCAUAACCAGUCAGAAGAGGCUGUAGAAGCCAGCUUUCAGGAAUAAUCUAUCUAUCUAUCUAUCUAUCUAUCUAUCUAUCUAUCUAUCUAUCUAUCUAUCUAUCUAUCUAUCUAUCUAUCUAUCUAUCUAUCUAUCUAUCUAUCUUUAUUUUUAAAACUUUACAGGUUGUAGUAGCUCUACUGACCAGCAGAUGGCAACAAACUCUUUGUAAGAAUCAACUCUAUAAUGAAACAAGAAAUUGCUAUGACUGUUAUCAUGAAGCAUCUUGACCUGUACCUUGACAUGCUCUCUCUGCACCCAGCAACCUGUGACAUCUAACAAAAGAUCAACAGAGAACACAUUUGCUUUAUUUUUCCAGCUUUCUGAUAUUUGUAAAUGUUUUUUCCAUGGCUGUUUCAUUACUCAUAGUUCAAACCUUUCUUCUGCGCUGAGCUCUUGCGUCUCUUUGACUGUGAAAUGUUUUGUUGAAGUACUUUCACGCAACCCGAAAUAGCACGCUGCCAAAUACGGUGCGAUGCGAAUACACAGUUCUUGUCAGUUAUAAGAUUACAUGCAGAACACAAUGUUACCAUUUGUGAUUUAUUAUAAAACAGCAAUUAAGAUAUCACUUAGAAUAAAACACAUAUCAUACUGUAGCAGUUGUUGUUUGUUUUGACACACUUUGUGAUAACAGGACAAACAAAAAAUGGAGAAAAAAAAUGGUUG